AGAACGCAGCGAAGAGCGGCGGUAGCUGUUUUAACCUCACUUAUGGAUUCAUCUAUCUAACAUUUUGAGCUGUGCAUCUAUUUUCAGAUAGUCACGCAAUUAAUGCUAACUAUCUACCAGAUCUACAAACACCGUCGGGAAAUGUCACAUAGCGACUAGACAGUGCACUGUUGAGCGAAGUAGUCUGCCUGCCUACCUUUGAAGUCUACCCCGUUGCGCACUGGCUAUAUGCUUGGUCAGUCUGCUCUUCCGUGUGCCUCUUGGUGAAUGGGACGUUGUAAAACGGCAUUAACAGACCAUUGUUGGAUAAAUGACUCACUCAUGAAAGUCUCUUCGAGGUCUGCGGACAGAGCCAGCGGCUGAAUGGGAAAUGAAUGUGACCGGGAAACAGCUACCAGAACAGAUAGAGCGUCCAGCCAGCCUCUUGGUUCCAACUUGGAUAAAAUCUGGAAUUGCCCUGCUGUAUAACAAGGAGACCAGUAAUACUUACGAUGUCCAUCUGAAGCUGACAAAAGAGGUGUUGACCAUACAGAAGCUGGAUGUGGUUUGCACGAGAGGGGGUGACCCACAAUUAAAUCACAGAACUGUCGUACUCCGAAGACAGGCAGCUGGAGGUCUGGGUAUAAGCAUCAAAGGCGGUGCUGAGCAUAAAGUGCCUGUGGUCAUUUCAAAGAUGUUUAAAGAUCAAGCAGCAGAUCAAACUGGGAAGCUAUUCGUCGGGGACGCUAUGUUACAGAUCAAUGGCAUUAAUGUCGAACAUUGUAGUCAUGAAGAAGUUGUUCAUCUCCUGCGGACUGCCGGGGAGGAAGUCACCAUCACUGUGCGGUACCUCAGGGAAGUUCCAUCUUUUCUAAAGCUCCCAUUGGGCUCUCCUGUACCACCCGCUGAUCAAAGUAGCAGAGUAUCUUCACCACUAUUUGACAGUGGUUUACAUUUAAAUGGGAAUUCUAGCAACACAGCUCCAUCCUCGCCUUCCUCACCCUCGGCUAAUGAACCAAAGUAUGAGAAGUGCUGGCUGGAUGCAGUGUCCCUACCCUUGUUGAUGGCCCGAGUCUCCAAAUACAAAGCCGGAACGGAUAAAUUAAGGUCGAACAGCUUUGAAGUCUGCGCCUUAGAUGGAACGAGCAUCAAUAUUCUACAAUUUUGCACUGCAGCAGAAAGUAUUGACUGGCUUCAAGCAAUAUCAACCAAUAUCAGUGAUUUGACACUGGAGAAUAUGAAAAUGAUUAACAGAUAUUGCUCUCCGGAUGAUCAGAUUGUCCACAUGGGUUGGGUGUGUGGAAACCCGCAUCCUGAUGAUGCUGGUCCAUCGAGUACCUUCAAGUUCCUGGCAUUGAGAGGCCCUUGGCUCUACAUCUUCAGGAGUCCUCCUGUUAGUGCAACUGACUGGGGACAAGCUGAAACCCUCUAUAUCCUUUAUGAGGUGCUGUUCAAGGUUCACAAGCUGUGGAUGGCAGAGGACUGUUGGAUCCAGGCCAAGUUCUACCUUGGCCUCCAGCAGGAUGAGGAGCUGCAGGACGGAGAGCCUUUCUGUUUCAGUAUCCUGGUCGGCCACGGCCAGAGUCACACCUUCAGUGUGGAGAUGACCUCUGACCUCGCCGUGUGGGAGAAGUCCUUCCAAAGAGCCGUCUUCAUGGAGGUGCAGAGAGUCGGGUCAAAGACCUACAUGUGCAGCAGCCAGAGUAAAGUACUGUGUUUGACCAUAGACUUUGAAUCAGGCUUCACUUGUUCUGAGAGCUCCUCGAAGAAGAUAUUAUGGAGAUACAAAUUCUCUCAACUGAAAGGCUCCUCUGAUGAUGGGAAAACAAGGGUGAAACUCCUCUUCAAGAACGCUGAAAACAAACAGAUAGAGAUGAAGGAGCUGGAGUUCUCCAACCUGACGGCAGUCCUCCAUUGUAUUCAUUCUUUUAUCGCUGCCAAAGUGGCCUCUGUGGACCCUGUCUUUGUCAACAGUCAAAGCAUCUCUGGAAAGUACAUGAUUUAGACACUUCUUUGUGUUGUCAUGUACAGUUUAGUCACAUGAGCUAAUUGACUAUUUUAUGCACAUUCAAAUUAAAUUGAUGUAUAUCUUGUUCCUGUUAUUUUUGUAAGGCUCUUGUUAAAUAAUAAGGAAAAUAUUUUAAAAACCAUAUUUGACUGUGGAAGUAGAGGAUAUUUAUACUUGCAUUAAUUGGUUGUUAUUGACAUUACAGUAUGAAUAUGCUCAAAAUUAUAGAUUUUUUUUCCCCCAUGUAGAAAAACAUAUUCAUGGGUUGCAUGUUUCGUCACAAUAUUAUUUUGAGCGUUCAUUUUGAACUGAUUGAGCAUUUUACUCAAAGCAUUGUCAAUGAGCGCUGAUGAAGAUUUCAUCAUAAGUGCAUUACAGUAGCUUGGAAAUUCAAAAGGAGGCGAAUAAUUAGUAGGGAAACCUUUUGUCAUCAUUUUGACGUCACCAGAUUGGCUUUAGAUGCAGUGUAACGUUAGCUAGCUAGCUAAGAUUAAGGGAAGGCCACCAGAUUGGCUUUAGAUGCAGUGUAACGUUAGCUAGCUAGCUAAGAUUAAGGGAAGGCCACCAGAUUGGCUUUAGAUGCAGUGUAACGUUAGCUAGCUAGCUAAGAUUAAGGGAAGGCCACCAGAUUGGCUUUAGAUGCAGUGUAACGUUAGCUAGCUAGCUAAAAUUGAGGGAAGGCCACCAGAUUUUAGCUAGCUAACAUUACCAUUGCUAAAAAAAAAAAAAUACAAACUUUGAUAGCUAAUGACACCAUUGCCAUUUGUCUACAGUACAUUUGACAACAUGAUAAUUCUGGCAAUGUUGUUUCCUACUAAAUAUUUGAUGACUUUAUCAGUCAUCACAUUUCCAGGCACUAUCGUGUAAUUUAGACGAAACAGUAGUUAGCCUGGGCGUAUCACCACUAUGGUGGCGCCGAUAGACGACGGCUUGAGAACGUUCAUGACGGCAUGACGCGACCCAGUGACGGAGGUACAACCUAUGAAUAGGCCUACAGUCACAAAGAGGGUUUCCAUGUUCUAGGUUCACUGUACAUUUUUGAAUUCAUGUGUAUGUUCUUUUUUUUUCUCCAUAUUUUCAAAGUAAAAGCAGAACAGAUUAUACUGUACACAUCAAUACACGUGAAAACAUUUUGGAAUUAGUAUUCUACUGGGCUAUACUCUCUGGUUGAUUUAACUUAUUCCACGACUUCAGCAUGACUUCAGAGCGAGGCUGCUGCGUGAUUUUGGAAAAAGAGUGUCUAGAGAGUUUUGUGUUGAGGCGCACAAAUGCAGGGCUUGGCGGAGGUGUUCAAGACACCAGAGGGUGUUUUAGUUUAUGUAGACAGUCACUGCUAGUCACUCCCAUAACAAAGGGUUAUGUGGAAGGACACAGGGGGAGAAGAUGCAGGCUUAUUGUAGCAAAGCUAUCUUAGUAUACCGUAUCUGUCAGAUGACUAGAAUGAUAGUUUAUGAAAUGAAAUCAACAUGUAUGUUUUAAGUUUUGUAAUCUUUUACUUUAUGAAGCCAUGCAGUCUGACAGUCAUUACAAACGCUUACCAUCAUACACAUCUGUAUGUAUUUUCACUCAGCCUCUUUUGUUUUAUUUUCUAUUACUAAAUAAAUCCCAAAUCAUUCCU